AUAGCCAUCCAUCGCACGACCUAAUGCACCAGCGGUACUUCCACAGAAUCGGGGUCAUUAGCGUCUAUCCCCUGAGCUCGCGUAAGCACCUGGCCGGUUCCGCGAUGCACGAUUACUUUCGAGAUUUCCGGUGCUAAGUGCGACAAAAAAGGGGGGGGAAAGCAAUGGAAGCUACCGAAGCGCAUGGUAAUAGGGAGUUAGCAAACGGUCAGGAUGUACCCAUGGCUGACGGGAACGGUGCAGAUGCAAGUACGGCCGAGCUCGAGGAGGUGCGCGAGAUGAGGACUGGUCCCCGAAACGCUGGCGAAACUUAUCAUAGUAACACCAGCGAACCUGGUCCGUGUCGCGAAAUUGAUCCCAGUAACACUGACGAACCUGAUCCUAGUAGCGUCGACCAACCCGGUUCAAUCAGCAUAGGGGGAUUGACAACUACUGCCGAACGCGGCCGGACGGAGGUUGAGGUUGCAAGGGAAGGGGACGCGGCAGAAGCGGGGGAAGCAGGGAGAAGUGAGAGGGGAAGAGGGGAAGCAGAGGAGGUUGAUGUCGUAUCAGGAGAGAGAAACGGUGAUGACGGGCGGAAACCGCUGAGGGAAACCGGAGACGGGGGAGGCGUUGCGGAGAGGCAGGUGAAAAGCGCUCCCAGGAGAAGCGCCAGGGUGCAAGAUCAGCAGCCGCCGCAGCAGAAGCGGCAGAAGAAGCAGUUUGAAGGCGGCAGGGAGGGGGGUGUGAAGCGGGGCCUGCGGUCUGUGAUGGCGGGUCGGUUCCAGCACUACUCGGGCCUCAAGAGCAAGAGACGGCGGCGACUGGAACACAAAAGCUUCCAAGAGCUGACGGGAGAGGAGACACGGCGAGAGAAGGAUCUGGAGUCACAGCAGGUGGUGCGGGAGAAAGCAGAGGGACUAAGGGCUCUGAGAAAGCGAGAACAGCCCAAAAGAGCCGCGCAGACCAAGCAGCAGCAGCCACCGAAGCAGCAGCAGCAGCAGUUUAGACGGCAGGUGAAGAAGCAGAAGGCCAAGGGGAAGCAGGUAGAGCGCAAGGGGAGGAACAGCCGGGCAGGAAAGAGCAACAGGGAGGCGGAGAGGGCGGAGAAGGAGGAGGAGCACGAUGCGGAGGUGGCGCGGGCAGUGGGGUUUCCCCCGGAUAGUCUGAGGGAGGACGAGGUGGAGGCAGGGGUGGUGCGCAGUGGCAUGGGGGGGAGUGGGGAAGAGCACGUGUAUGUGCGCAUGAGGAACCGGAUUCUUGCUCUCUGGAGGCGGAAUGUGAAUGGAUGGAUUCACGAGGACAAGCUGCUAAGCACCACGCCUGCACAGAAUCGAGAAGCUGCAAGGGCAGCCUUCGCCUUCCUGCAUCUGCGCGGCUUCAUCAACUGGGGACUCUCCCGCACCGCCACUGCCGCCAUCCCUCCCCGCCCCUCCCUGCCGCACGUCAUUGUGCUCGGUGCCGGCCUCGCUGGCCUUGCUGCUGCGCGGCAGUUGCUGGCUCUGGGUCACCGAGUGACGGUCAUCGAGGCUCGCAACCGCCCCGGAGGUCGCAUGCACUCCAAGCUGCUCUCCUCGCCUCCAGGCCCCAACCAGGUGGCAGUGGCAGCAGAGCUGGGAGGCUCAAUAGUCACAGGCAUCCUCGGCAACCCUUUAGGCGUCUUGGCUCGCCAGCUCGCCAUCCCUCUGCACCGCAUUCGCGAUGCCUGCCCGCUCUACCGCCCAGACGGGCUGCCCGUGGACGAAAAAGCCGACCGUGUGGCAGAAGCCCGAUUCAACGUGAUGCUUGACUUAGCCUCUGAGAGGCGGGCGGAGAUGGAAGGGGUGGCGGAUCAAAUCUCCCUUGGGAAUACCAUGGAGUUCGUGCGAGGGCAGGCGGUGCAGGCUGUACCUGGGGAGGGUAGUGGCGGCGAGGCUCUGCAGAUCGCAUCAGGUGUGAUGAAGGAUGGUGAAGGGUGCAGCGUGGAGGUGAAGAGAGAGGUAAGAGAGCCAACAGGAGAGCCAGCAGCAGCAGGAGCAGCAGCAGAGGCAGCGGCACAACUAGAGGCAGUCCGAGAGACAGAGGAGGAGCAGCAGCUCGUGCAAUGGCACUACGCCAAUCUCGAAUUCGCCAACGCUGCACGAGUGGCCGACCUGUCACUGGCCUUCUGGGACCAGGACGACCCCCACGAGCUGCUGGGCCACCACUGCUUCGUGGCGGGCGGCAACGGGCAGAUCGUGGACGCGCUCGCUGAGGGGCUGCCGGUGGUGUAUAACUGCGCGGUGGAAAGGGUGGAUGGGGAGGAGGUGGAGUACGAGGGGGCGCAGGUGCUGUGCACGCUGCCGCUAGGAGUGCUGCAGAGGGGGUCGGUCUCUUUCCACCCGCCCCUGCCUCUCAGGAAGACCCGUGCCAUCCACAGGCUCGGCUUUGGGCUCUUGAAUAAGGUGGCCAUGCUCUUCCCCUACGUGUUCUGGGAUGCCACCAUCGACACCUUUGGCCGCCUCACCUCGCACCCCUCUCAGCGCGGCGAGUUCUUCCUCUUCUACUCCUACGCUGCUGUUUCGGGCGGCGCGCUGCUCAUGGCGCUCGUUGCAGGGGAGGCGGCGGAGACAUUUGAAGGGGAGAAGUCGGAUGCACUUAUGUGGCGGGUGCUGACCGUGCUCAAGAAAAUACACGAGCCUAAAGGCAUAGCAGUGCCACACCCCCUGCAGUGUGUGUGCACGCGGUGGCGCAGCGACCCCUACGCGGGGGGCUCAUACUCGUAUGUGCGUGUGGCGGCAUCGGGGGACGACUACGACACCCUGGCUGAGAGUGUGGAUGGCCGGCUGUUCUUUGCAGGGGAGGCCACCAGCCGCCACUACCCCGCCACCAUGCACGGAGCGUUCUUCAGUGGGCUGAGGGAAGCAGCCAAAGUCAACCAAGUUGCCACGGCUGCUGAAGCCACAAAGGCAGCAGAAGCAGCUAGCGCAACUCAAGCUGCAGCUGCUGCCAGCAGUGCACCCCCAGCACCCCCAGCAGUCCCAGCAAUCCCAGCAGCCCCAGCCAUGGGCAUGCAUGUGGCGGUGUCGCUGCUGGAUGCUCUCUUCUCUGACCCGGACCUGGAGUUCGGUGCCUUUGCGGUGCUCUUUGACCCCCGCGGCUGCCAGCCGGGGCGGGCUGCUGUGAUGCGGAUCACUCUGAAGAAGGAUGCAUUUGUGCCUCGUGUGUCUGCCCCUUCUCCUGCUACUGCUGCUGCUGACGGCGUUGCGGCGGCGGCGGCUUCUGCUCCAGCUGCUGCUGCUGCUGCUGCCGGCACUGCUGUCGCUGCUAAGGCUGUCGGUACCAGUGCUGGUGGCACUGCUGUUGCCUCAGCUAAGGGUUGUGCACGUCCUGGUGUUGCUCCUGGUGGUGCUGGUGCUGCUCCUGGUGCUGCAAGCGCUGCAGUUGCCAGUGCGGGUGCUGCAAGUGCAGAGGCUUCAGCAGCAGUCAGGGCAGCAGCAGAGAAGAGGGUGGCAGAGGCGGCGAGGGAAUGGGGCCCUGUGGUUAAGAGCCAAGUGGUGAAAAACGAGGAGAAUCAGGCCAAAUCUGAGCUGAAGCAGCAGCAGCAGCAGCAGCUGGUAGCACAGACGAAGGAGCAAGAAGCACAGCAGCAGAAGCAGAACCGACACAGUAUAGCCGACACAGCAUGGAGCCUCCCCCAGUUGACCCUGCACACGGUGGUCACCCGCCACCAGGCUCUGCUGCUGCGGGAGGUUCGGGGCAGUGAUGCGGCUCGGCUGGCGAUCCUGACCAGCAGGUUCGGGGUGAAGCUGGUGGGCAGGCGAGGCCUAGGCCAGCUGGGAGAGGAGGUGCUGGAGGCAGUGAGGGAUGCGAGGGCUGCUAGCAGAAGGACGGUUGGUGUUUAUUGAUCUGAUUUGGCAAUUUGGCUGGUUGGUGGCAUUGGCUCAUUGUUUUAUCGGGGUUGGGUCAGAUGGGGGAGGAGGUGCUGGAGGCAGUAAGGCAAGAGCUGCUAGCAGGACUGAUGGUGUUGUUUGAUCUUAGUGGAUAGGUCGGCUGGUGUGAGUUCGUAGAGCUUUGCAUGAUGCGUUGUGUUGUGUGUGCUUCUCCAAGCAUGCAAGGGUGUGGAAUAAGGGUAUGCUGUUAGUCAGUGCUCAACUUCAUUCCACUCCAAAAAAGUAUGUACUCUGUUCUAUUGGGCAGUCCAUGCCUGCGCCUAAAUGAAAUGUACA